CGGAAGUAUGUUGAGUGAACUAUGUCACUUCCGCACAUUCCGCUUUGGCCGUUUAAUUUUGUCGUUCUUACUCACUGUUUGGCUUUAAAUCGUCUCAGAAUUAAAAAUUAUACAUUUUUUUUAUCUAUGUGGUUUUAGUGUAAUUUGGUCAGACACGUAUUUUGAUGGAUGUCGCGUUUUUUUCGUUCGUACAAAGAGGAAGUUGGUCCUCCUGGAAUCUCAGUUAGCUGACGUUAACAGCUGUGGAGCCCCGGUUAGCUAAAUGCGCUAGCGUAUGCUAUCUUAAAAAGUGAUUAAGUAAAUGUAGUCUGCACCGUUAAGAUAAGGGUUUGGGUCCCCGUAUCGUUGGUUCAACAACGUACGGUCUUCUUUGUGUAGCUGUCAAGAUAAACGUGGUUUGAUAGUGUGAGUGUCUAAAUCCUAAACGUGAACCACGAUUCUGGUUUCUGUGGGUUGCUUGAUUCGCUUCAGGCUGACGUAUGUCAUCAUCUACUGCCAACAUGAUGGACUUUGAUAAUAUAUUGGACAUCGCUUCGCAAAACCAGGGUCUCAGCAGUGUACAAAAGAGAUACAGUCUUCAAGCGGGACCACCCAAAAAGGACCCAAAGUCUAAAGGUGUAAACCCUGCUGCUGUGCAGGCACUUCUAAAAAAGCGGCAAAAUGACACAAAACGGAAAGAAUUGGAAAGUAAGAAACAAAAAGAGCAGCUAUUGGCGAAGAGGGUUGAGUUGAAGUCGGAUCGUAAAGCACGAGCUAUGGCAUCCAGAACCAAGGACAAUUUCAAAGGCUACAACGGCAUUCCAUUGGUAGAGACUCCGAAAAGGAGGGGCUCCAAAGGAGAUAAGCGGGAAGAUCAUCCAGAUGACCCUGAAAGAUUUAGGAAUAACGCAAUCGACACACUAGACGAUGAAGAUAAUUACGAGUAUGAGCAGACCGAUUCAGAGGGAGAGCCGGAACCAGAGAUGAUGAGGCCACAGAAGACUAUGAGUGUCAGUGGGCCAAGUAAAUCAGUUUCUAAAAAAAUUUCUGGCCCACCCAAACCUCCUCCCCCUGCCAUGAACUUUGCUGAUUUACUCAGAUUGGCGGAAAAGAAGCAAUUUGAGCCGGUUGAGCUAAAACCCAAGGUGAAAAAGGAAGAAAGGCUUCGCACAGCCGAAGAGAUACGUGAACUGGAGAUGGAGCGCAAGGCUAAGAGACCUGACAAAAGCAGGGACUCAAAGGUAGACGGUGGAAGAGAGGGACGGUCUUUGUCCACUUCUAGUUCAGUUAGAAAAAGCACUACAGAGAAAGAACCAAAACACAACAAACCGCAAAGGAACUCUACAGAAAAGCCAAGUCUGCCCGGUAGAUCAGGAAAUAAGGUUCAAUCAGCUGGAACAAGUGACAGAGGUCUCUCCUUUUCCAAACCCUCUGUAAGUGACAAAGAGAGGAACCGAGAGAAGACGCCUCACAGUGAUAGAGAACGAUCCAAGAUGGGCAUCUCUGCUUCAUCAGUUGCUACAGUUAGUAAAAACCCUUCAAAAGCCCACUCAUCUCAGGUCUCAGCCAAACAUGUAAGCUCCAGGAUGGCACUUACCCAAAAACCCAGCACCUCAAGUGACCUUAGCUCAAGAAAAGACAGUUUGUCAUUGCAUCAAAAAGGAGCUUCAUGUAUUCAAGGGAACAGGCAUUCUAGUGGAGUUGGAGCUGGCCAGAGGUCUCAACAUGCAACCUCACAGCAGACGAGACCCAUUCAAGGCAGUUCAUUAAAGCAGGGAUCUAUAGCUGGAGAGAUGAAAUCCAACAGAGGAGACCCACAAAGGUCUGGAAAUAAUCCUCUGGUGAGGUCAAACGGUAAUUCACUGAGGCCGUCUUUGGGCGGUCCUUCUAAGGCAGGGAACCAGUGUCAGGGGAGGCCUAUGGGCAUACCACAAAAUAAACCUGGUGGUGCACCACAGAGUAGGCCAGGUCACAGUGGACCUGAAAGAGGUGGAUCCCGACCUCCAGGACCUUUUAGACCUGGUAGUGGAGGACAGGUAUCAGGGCGGCCAAACAGUAACCUCGGGUCAGGGCCGGGCAGACCUAAGUGCACUGUCGUGUCGGAGACCAUCUCGUCCAAGAAUGUGGGUGGACCUAGGCCAGGGGUCUCCCCUCGGCCAGGCAUGCAACAGAGACCUGGGGUGAUGCCAGGGAUGAGACCCGGGAUGAUGCCAGGGAUGAGACCCGGGAUGAUGCCAGGGAUGAGACCCGGGAUGAUGCCAGGGAUGAGACCCGGGAUGAGACCCGGGAUGAUGCCGGGAAUCAGACCUGGGAUGAUGCCGGGAAUCAGACCUGGGAUUCCACCCAGACCUAUGAUGAACAGACCACCAGGAACCAUGCUACCACCCAUCACAAUUGCAUACAAGAGGAAGUAUGAGGAUGAGGAGGAAGAGUAUGACCCUGAAAUGGACGACUUCAUUGAUGAUGGAGGUGAAGAACAAGACGAAAUCUCCAGGCACAUUAAGGAGAUCUUUGGCUAUGACCGAAACAGGUACAAAGAUGAAAGUGACUAUGCUCUUAAGUUUAUGGAGAGCAGCUGGAAAGACCUGCAGAAAGAAGAAGCCAGGAGUCUAAGAAUGGCUGUGCAAGAGGACCUGGAGGAAGAGCGGCGAGAGGAAGAAGAGCUGAGAAGAAAAAAGACCAAGAGGAAAAAAAUCAACUGAAACUCCAUUCCUGUUUUGAUAAAUAAUCCUUUGUCCUCUGAAUGCUGGCACGGUGGCUUGGCGAUCCUACAGCAUCAAGCCCACAUUUGACCGUGUGUUGUGAUGGAGAAAGUCAUUUGUUGUGAAAGAUUAUCUAUCAAAAGAUGAUAUGCAAAACCCAUUGGAAGCAUUUAGAAAGUAAUGAGAAUUUCUCAAGUCCAUAUUUAUUUGCUCUACAAAGUUCUGGAUUUACAAUCUGGGAAGAAUUGAACUUUUAAACAUGAAUCUGUUUUUCUCAUCUCAGCAAUAACAGGGACAGUUCUCAACAUAUUUUCUGUUACUUUUUUCAGCUAAUUAUUUGAACAUAUUGUUAGUUAUUGUGCAGAAAACAUUACCAAUUCAUAUGUUGUGUAAAAUAUUUUGACAGUAAUAAUUGCAUAAAGGCUUUUAUUUAACA